AUGCUUCAAGUCGACGACGGAAUCCAUGACCAACAUCCUGCGUAUUUCGUGGAUGUGCAGGACGCUAACCGUCCUCUUAGUCACAAGACUCCCUUUACAAAAAGCGAGGGAGAAUUCUGGGGUUCAAGUUUCCAAGGUUACCCCGGCGGCCAGGCCAUGUGGUUGAACGAGCGAGCUCGUUUCUCGUCAGCCAUUUGCAGGACCACACGCAAGACCACACUGGCUGCUUUACUACCACAGCGUGUACAGUACAUUCCUCUCAGGUCCCAAUACACUUGGGUACAGAAGCUCAUGUCCACAACCAUUGGUACUGAUUUCAAGGGAGUCUCCGAAGAGCGAAUAGGUGGCAAACAAAGGAAAGCACCAAUCAGCCCUCGGAACACAUCCAUCGCAAUGGCUGGGCUGGAACUUGAUGGACCAAUUUCGAGCCCUCCUAGAGCGAGGUGGCGAGGCGAAAGCAAGCCCCAGUGA